AUGGAUACCCUCUUAAGCUCAACCUCCCUCUCCACCCUCAGUGUCUCCGGCCUCCGUCACCACCCCAAAGCUCACCACCUCAAAACCCAUUUUCCUCCACGCUUACCGAUUUCUCCCACCGCCAACCCCCAAAAAACUCCAAACAAAGCAGCAGCAGCCGCCGCCACUUUCUCCCCCCACAGAAACAACCACCCACCGUUAACAACCUUCAAUCCUUCGCCUCAAUCUGCAAACCCACCUCCCGAACCGCAAUCCUGCCGGAAUCCGACCACCGGCUACGCGGCCGCCCUACUGGACGUCGCGAAAACCCACGCAGCCCUCGCAUCGGUGAACCGGGACGUGAGGAGGCUGUACAAAUGGUUUGGGAGACCGGAAAUUACGAACGUAGUCUCGAGCCCUAAUCUGGGGAAGGGGGAGAUACUGAGAGAGAUGGUGACAAGGGGAAAUUUUCACAAGUAUCUGGUAAAAUUGGUUAAUUUGUUGGUCGGAAAACGUGGUUUCGAGGUGGGUAUGUUGGGCGAGGUUCUGAUGGAAUUCACAAGGAUUUAUGGGGAGCUGCUGAUGGGCGGCCCUUCUGGUGCUGCUGAUGGGCCGGUGGUUUUGGUCUCGCCGGGGGUGAGAAUGGGAAGAGACCAAAUUUAUGGGGUCUCUGAGAGAAUACGACAGAUUAGUGGGGCCGUGAAGGCAAUUACCGUGAGACAGCUCGCGGGUGACCACAGAUUGCCUGCAUUUGCUGUUUGA